AUUUGACUAGUUAGGGUUUUCUCAAGCAAAAGGGGAAAAGCUUGAACACUGUUUUUUCCUUUGGGAAAUUUCAGAGAAAAGGAAACUAUUGUUCGAUUCAAUUUCAUUUAUUUUCUGAAUUUGUUUUUUUUUUUUUGGUCGAUUCUCUGAAACAAUGGGGAGAGGGAAGUUCAAGGGGAAGCCCACCGGCCAACGCCGUUUCUCUACUCCGGAAGAGAUGAUUGCAGGCACCUCUACCCGUCCCCGCACUUUUAAGAGGGAAGAAGCUCAGCAUGUAGAGGAAGAAUCUGAAGAAGAAUCAGGGCAGGAGUCUGGAGAAGAAUCUGAUGAUCAAGCCGAAAAGCGAAAAGGAACUCAAGGUCUUAUUGAGAUAGAGAAUCCCAAUCUAGUGAAGCAGAAGAACGUAAAAGCUAAAGAUAUCGACACUGGGAAAACUACUGAACUUUCAAGGCGUGAGAGGGAGGAAUUAGAGAAGCAGAGAGCCCAUGAACGAUAUAUGAGGCUGCAAGAGCAAGGGAAAACCGAACAAGCAAGGAAAGAUUUGGAGCGCUUGGCUCUCAUACGUCAACAAAGGGAAGAAGCUGCUAAAAAACGAGAAGAAGAAAAAGCUGCCAAGGAGCUGAAGAAGGCUGAAGCUCGCAAAUAAUACCCUCAACAACAAGUGCUUCCCUUGGUAGAAGAAAUGCAUCGUCUCUCCAAUUUAUCCAACAGAUGCUGUUAUCUAAACGUUAAAUCCUGUGUUCACAAUUGUGAUUUGUGCAAGCGAAGACGAUAGUUUAUCUUUAUUUUAUUUUUGACUCCAUGGUGCAUAAUUUGAUGAUCUUGUUGUCUCACUGAGAACAGAUAGAUUUCCUUCUAGAUCUGUAUCCCCUUUCUUAUCUAUGGUUGUGGGAUGGUUGAUGUAUCAAGAAUUCAUUGUCAUUAACUUCACGAGAAGGUAACUUUUUUGUGAAUGUUGAUCUCAAUUUAGAUGUUCUGGACUUGGCUAGACUGGUGUCCAAAAAAAAUAAAAGUGCUCGAUUUCC